AUGGGCAAAUGGCGUUAUGGUGUCGUCCUGGACGCAGGAUCGUCUGGGACCCGCGUACACGUUUACCGAUGGCUGCGAAAUGCCGCCGCACGAAAGAAAGCCGACGUCGAGGAGCUGAAAUCACUCCCGGAGAUCAAAACGAAGGAGGAGUGGACCAAGAAGAUUCGCCCUGGUGUUUCCUCGUUCGCCGACAAGCCCGAAUUGGUCGGAUCUGAUCACUUGGCCGAACUUUUGGAUCACGCGAAGGGAAUCAUACCCGCUGAGGAUGCUAAGGAUACUCCUAUCUUUCUCCUCGCCACGGCUGGCAUGCGACUGGUAGGAAACGUGGAGCGACAAAUUCUCCUCGACAACAUCUGCUCGUACGCUCGCGACAAUUCGAAUUUCCUACUUCCGGACUGCGGCGUUCACAUCCAGGUGAUUCCGGGUGUGACCGAGGGACUUUAUGGAUGGAUUGCGACAAAUUACCUGAUGGGUGCUUUUGACACCCCGGACAAGCACGACCACGGGAAAGGACAUCACACUUACGGAUUCCUCGAUAUGGGUGGUGCGUCAGCGCAGAUUGCGUUCGCCCCGAACACCACAGAGACGGAGAAGCAUGGCAACGACCUCAAGCUACUGCGACUGCGCAAUGUGGAUGGAUCCGUCCAGGAGCACAGAGUGUUUGUUACGUCAUGGCUUGAAUUCGGCGUGCAUGAAGCCCGGAGACGCUACUUGGAGGCUUUGCAAACUACCGCGGGACCGGGGAUUUUGGAAUUACCGGACCCGUGCCUUCCUAGUGGACUGCGGACUACUUUGGACGGGAAGGAUGUGGCAUUGCAGAGUGAGGCAGACCCUUAUUUGCUAGGUACAGGCAAAUUCGACGAGUGUCUACGUCAAACGUUUCCCUUAUUGGACAAGGAUGCACCCUGCACAGACGAACCCUGCCUGUUACACGGGAUGCAUGUUCCAGCUAUCGACUUUGAUGUGAAUCACUUUAUCGGAAUCAGCGAGUACUGGCAUACCACCCACGAGAUCUUUGAGAUGGGAUUCAAGGACAAGGCCUACGACUUCAACACCUACCAAGAACGCGUUCAACUAUUCUGUUCCCAGGACUGGGACUCGGUUGAAAAGGGAAUCCAAGCACAAAAGUGGGGCAAGAAGGUUGACCAGCAGAAGGCCGCUGAGGUAUGCUUUAAGGCAUCAUGGAUCAUUAAUAUGUUACAUGAUGGCAUUGGGGUUCCUCGGGUCGGUUUGGAAGAAACGCCGAGCUCAUCCCACAACGGCACCAAAGAGGUUCUGGCUCACGGGAAAGAAAAGGGUUAUCUUGACGCCUUCCAAGCAGUCAACAAGAUUGACUCGACCGAAGUGAGCUGGACUCUGGGAAAGAUCGUCUUGUACGCAUCUUCCCAAGUGCCCGUGGAAGUCGAAGAAGCCCUUCCAGUUGGUUUUGGCAGCAAUGUCCCUGGGAUACCAAAUGACUUCCAAUACCCAAGUGCUCAGUUAUUACCCGACUCGGAUGGCGUUCACAGCGAACAUUGGCACGACGCACUUUUCGACGGCGAUUCACCGCGCCGAGUGCCAGGCUUCAUUUUAUUCAUGCUGAUCAUCGUCAUGGUCGGAUUUUUCCUAUGUGGUCGCAGCCGUCGUUCAAGAAUCUUCAACCGUGUUAGUAAUGUGCUGCGCCGCGGUGGACCCUCCCAUCCCAAUCACCCGAAGAAACGGAAGGGACUCAAGGCGAUGCUACCAUUCCUGAGCCGCAGUGCGCCCUCCUACGAGCGUGUCCUCGAAGAUGGAGCCCAAGACUUCGAGCUCGGCGUAACUGAUUCCGAUGGGAGUGAAGAUGGUGGACGCCUCUCCGAAACAGACUCAGCCAGACUGGGACCUCCGAAACGAGCAUCCAGCUGGGGAAGUAACAGCAAUACCCCAAGCUUCAAAUACGCGUUAGACAACAGUUCUACAGGGACGAUUGGACUUGGAAUCAGUGGUGGAGGUUCGGGCAUUGCCAUGGACCGCGCCGGCUUGGUCGUCCGGACCGAAAGCAGGGACCAUUUGGCCCCGGUAGCUUUGGGCCCCACCACCAACGGUCGACGAUCUCGCGCGGGCAGUCCGACCAGAUCCCUCCACCAAAAAUCACCAAGCAUGACGCCCCUUGCCGACGACUAA